AUGGCUUUUCGUAGCCUGUCCAAUAGUCUGUGGAGGAACCAGAACAGCAGCUUCUACCCAAAGGAGACCAUUGUCUCGGAACACGGGGAGACUGUAAUUGGCAUCUACCUGCUAACUCUCGGCUGGUUCUCCUGGUUUGGAAACAGCAUGGUGAUAUUUGUGCUGUGCAGGCAGAGAGCAACACUACAGGCAACAGAUUAUUUAACCUUUAACCUGGCUGUAUCAGAUGCCAGUAUCUCUCUGUUUGGAUACUCCCGUGGGAUCAUAGAGAUUUUCAAUAUAUUUCGAGAUGAUGGGUUUCUGAUUACAUCAAUAUGGACCUGUCAGAUUGAUGGUUUUCUCACACUGCUCUUUGGUCUGUCCAGUAUUAACACCCUCACAGUGAUCAGCAUCAUAAGAUAUAUUAAAGGCUGUCACCCAUACAAAGCUCACUAUAUUAACAGACAGAACGUAAACCUGUUGAUGACACUGAUAUGGGCCACUGCUCUCUUCUGGUCAGCAUCCCCUUUGUUUGGAUGGGGAAGUUACAAAGACCAGAUGUAUGGGACAUGUGAGAUUGACUGGGGCAGAGCAGUGUUCUCCACUGUCUACAAAUCCUACAUUGUUUCCAUCUUUGUCUGUUGCUUCUUCCUGCCAAUGUCCAUCAUGCUCUUCUCGUAUAUAUCCAUCAUCAACACCAUCAAGUCAAACCGGGCGCUGGCAGGAGCAGAGGUCCAGGGAGACCGCCAAAGGAAACUGGAGAGGGAUGUAACCCGGGUUUCAAUGGUGAUCUGCACUGCAUUCAUUAUUGCCUGGUCACCAUACGCAGUGAUCUCCAUGUGGUCAGCGAGUGGACACCAAGUCCCAAAGCUUACCAGCCUGCUCGCCAGCCUCUUCGCCAAGUCUGCCAGCUUCUACAAUCCCAUCAUCUACUUUGGAAUGAACUCCAAGUUCCGCCGGGAUGUCAUGACGCUCCUAUUUUGUGUUAGUGACAAGGACAACGUGAAGCUCAAACGGAUCAAGGGGUGUUCAGAGAGGGGCCUGGAACGUGAGGCAGAUGUGCUGAGGGACAGCCCCAACUCCGGGCUGGAGAGCCCAGAUAAUGAGUGCCAGGGAUCAUCGUACUUCCCCAACUGUGAGAAUUCAGGUUAUGAAUGUGACAGACUCUAG